AGCUCAAUCAGCCUGAUGGCGCGCGCUCAUAACCGGCGCCCUCCGGGGUCGCUGGAGAAAAAAAUGGCAACGUAUGGUGAGGAGCCAGUGGACAGCUACUUCUACUCAUCCUACAACCCCUACGCGGGCAGGUACCCCCGGGGCAGAGAGGCGGGCUGGAAAUACAAGAGCUACCUCUCCCAGUAUGGAGACUCCGCCGACGCCUUCAACAACCAGCAGCGCGCGCAGCUCAAGUCCAUCCUGUCCCAGAUCAACCCCAAACUCACCCCCCGGCUCCGGAAGGCCAACACCAAGGACGUGGCGGUGCAGGUCAACCCCAAGAGGGACGCCUCGGUGCAGUGCUCCAUCGGCCCGCGGACCCUGCAGGCCAUGAGGCGGGAGGGGCCGCGCAGGAGGAGGCCGGAGCCCGUGGCGCCCGGGGGCGGCAGCCCGAAGGCGGCGGGAGGGGUGAGAUACCCCCGCACCCUGGCCGUGUACUCCCCCAUAGCUUACAGGAGCGUCACCUCCUUCCUGGUGGACGACAACAACAAUAAGGAGGAGGUGGAGGCGGAGGCGGGGGAGGAGGCUCCGCUGGAGCCCGAGAAAGAAAACGGCCCCGCAAAGGAGGAGAAGACGGCCACGCCUCUGGAGCUGAACAGGAAGAUGGAGAAACUCCAGGUGAGGAGCGAGGGGGCGGAGGAGGCCGCGAGCAAGGCGCGCGUGCGCUUCCAGUUUCUGGAACAGAAAUACGGAUACUAUCACUGCAGAGACUGCAACCUCAGAUGGGAAAGUGCUUACGUGUGGUGCGUUCAGGGCACCAACAAGGUCUACUUCAAACAGUUCUGCAGGAAAUGCCAGAAGGACUUCAACCCGUACCGCGUGGAGGACAUCACGUGCCACACCUGCAACAAGGCGCGUUGUUCCUGCGCCGUCACACAGCGGCACGUGGACCCCAAACGGCCGCACCGACAGGACCUGUGCGGUCGCUGCAAAGGCAAGCGGCUCUCCUGCGACAGCACGUUCAGCUUCAAGUACAUCAUCUGAGCGUCCCGACUUUAUUUCAUGUCCUUUUGACUCAUGAAAUAAACGAUUCCCUUGCAGCUCG